ACCUGCGCGCCGCGCCGUUCGUCGAACGCGUACCGCUCCAACAAAAUGUCCGACGCAGUAAACAUUGUCUUUCCGCGCAAACUAAUCAAGGAAUUCAUCACCCUAUACCAAAACCUGCCAUGCCUGUGGGACAAGUAUUGCAUUUCAUACAAAAUGAAGUACAAACGCCGCGAAGCCAUCACGAAGUUGACGGAGCUCGUUCAAGAAUACGACCCGGCCGCGACUAGAGUGCAUGUAAUGAGGAAGAUUGAGAGUCUGCGUGCUUGUGUGCGAAGGGAACAUAAGAGAGUCCUACAUAGCAGAAAGGUUGCUGAAAGUGACGCAGAAGUUUACAAACCGCAUCUUUGGUAUUACGAUUUGUUUUCGUUUAUAUUUCGAGCGGAGGAAGUUGGUGGCGAAUACGAUAGUAACGAUAAGUCAAAGCCGAGCGCGUCGUCGCCGCAGUACACUAUUGUGGAUUCGGAGCCCGAAGAAGAAGAAGAGGAAGACGACAUCCAAGAAGAUGAUGGAAGGUUCGAGACCACCAGAGACGACUACUCGUCACCUGCGUUCAGCAUUUCCAGUAACAUUGUGGAGGUACCCGAGAGCACCUGUCCUACCAAGCGGUUCUUAGAGGACGAUAAGAACAAGAGACAUUGUACUGAAGUUGAUGAUGAAUACGAUGCUAUAGGUGUGAACGUGGCAGCCAAACUACGCAAUUUACCUGGGAACAUGCGGAUCCUAGCUGAGAAACUGAUCAAUGACGUGCUGUACCAAGCUCAGACAAACGGACUCACGAAUUCUACGUUCAUCUCAACACCUGAUCCUUUUAAAAUGUAGACAGAAACUUUAUGGUGGAAUUUGUGGAUCAGUGUUGUGAUUAUGAUUUUAAGGGUAUUUUGAUAUAGGUCUUCAUCUAAGGAAGGCAACGGACUCUUGUGAAAGUAGUGUUUUUCGAUUUAAAAUUUACUUAUUUUGAAGUAAUUGAAUUGAAAAGACAUAUUUCUUUUAUGAUUAUUAUGAUAAAUAAAUUCUAGAAGAUAAA